CACAUUUUGCGUCAUUUUGAUCUUUUCCGCUUGGAUCACAAGUAUCUCGCCAUGACCAACUCGACCUCUCUCCGCUGGGGCUUCCUCGGCUGCGGCCGCAUCUCGGCGGACUUCGCCAGCGCCAUGAAGUCGCUGGACAACGUCGUGUUCCAGGCCUGCGCCGCGCGUUCGCUGGCCAGCGCCCAGAAAUUCGCAAAGGAGCACGGUAUCAAUCAAGCUUACGACUCGUACGAGGCUCUGGUCUCAGACCCCGACGUGGACGUCGUGUACAUUGGCACGCUGCACCCGUCGCACUACGAGCACACGGUGCUGGCUCUGAACCACGACAAGCACGUACUGGUGGAAAAGCCCAUGGCCAUGAACCUCGCCCAAGCGACGGCCGCCAUCGCCCUCGCCCGUGAGAAAAACCUCUUCCUAAUGGAAGGAAUGUGGACGCGAUUCUUCCCUUCCAUUCGCCACGUGCGUCAACUAUUGGCGGACAAGGAGAUCGGCGACGUGCACCACGUGCACGCGUCCUUUGGCAUCAAAUUUGCCGCUGACAAUGCCCGAAUGUGGCACAAUGAACUCGGCGGCGGAGGCCUCCUGGACAUCGGUAUCUACCCAUUGGCUUUUGCCACAAUGGUGUUUGGUGCCAAGCCUGAUAAGGUUACGUCAGCUGGCAAACUAAAUGAUAAUGGGGUCGACAUUUACAACUCGAUUACGCUCGAGUACAGCGACUCGCGCUUCGCUACGGUCGAGUACACGAUGUUGGCCGACACGGACGAGACUGUCACCAUUUCUGGCAGUAAAGGACGCAUCCACUUGCCAGCGCCCGCCCACACGGCGACGGAGGUGCGUGUGGUUAAAUAUCUUGAGGACGGCACGCAGAAGGAGAGCACGUCGCAGUUCCCGUGGCCGACGCCUGCUGCCGGAGUUUCGUUUAACUACGGCGGCUCGGAGGGGUUCCGCUAUGAAGCGGAGACCGUGAUGAAGGCCAUCCAGAGCCAGCAGACCGAGAGCAAGGAGUACUCGCUGGACGAAUCGCUCCAGAUUAUGACCAUUAUGGACAAGGUGCGCAAGGAUUUGGGCCUCGUCUACCCCGCGGACGCCAAGUAGGGCCUUUGCAGUGGCACUUCCUCGCAAAACUGGCAUUAUUCGAGAUAGUGGUGCAAAUCUGUAGCUCUGGAGUUGCGAAUUUGUCAAUGCAAAAAAAAAAAAAUGCGUUUUUUUAACUUCAAA